AUGAGGCUCUUGAAGGUAGCUACUUGUAAUCUUAAUCAAUGGGCUAUGGAAUUCGAUUCCAACACUAAUCAAAUCAAAGAUUCCAUUUCCAAAGCCAAACAAGCCGGCGCUGUCAUCCGUCUUGGACCGGAGCUCGAGAUUUCCGGUUAUGGCUGCGAAGACCACUUCUUAGAGCUCGACACCGUUAACCACUCAUGGGAGUGUUUGAAGGAUAUAUUGGUUGGUGAUUGGACUGAUGGCAUAGUGUGCAGUAUUGGAAUGCCUGUUAUCAAAGGUUCUGAGAGAUAUAACUGUCAGGUUUUGUGUUUCAAUCGGAAGAUUAUUAUGAUAAGACCCAAAAUGUGGCUUGCAAAUGAUGGUAAUUAUAGAGAACUUCGAUGGUUUACUGCUUGGAAACAAAAAGACCAACUUGAUGAUUUUCAGCUUCCUCUUCAUGUUUCUGAGGCAUUGGGCCAAAAAUCUGUUCCUUUUGGUUAUGGCUUUGUUAAGUUUCAAGACACAGCUAUUGCAGCUGAAGUUUGUGAAGAGCUUUUUACUCCAUCUCCUCCUCAUGCCGAGCUUGCAUUAAAUGGGGUUGAAGUGUUUAUGAAUGCAAGUGGAAGUCACCACCAACUUAGGAAGCUUGAUGUUCGUCUUCGUGCUUUUAUAGGUGCCACUCAUACUCGUGGAGGGGUUUAUAUGUACAGUAAUCACCAAGGCUGUGAUGGAGGUCGCCUUUACUAUGAUGGAUGUGCCAGUGUUGUGGUAAAUGGUGAUGUUGUUGCUCAGGGUUCCCAAUUUUCUUUAAAUGAUGUUGAGAUUGUGGUUGCUCAGAUAGAUCUAGAUGUGGUCGCGAGCCUUAGAGGAUCUUUAAGCAGCUUCCAAGAGCAAGCAAGUUGUAAAGUCAAGGUUCCUUCUGUAGAUGUACCAUACAAUCUAUGUCUUCCUUUUGACCUUAGAAUCCGCCUUUCUGUGCCACUUCAGAUAAAAUAUCAUUCUCCUGAGGAGGAAAUAGCAUUUGGACCCGGUUGCUGGUUAUGGGACUAUUUACGAAGAAGUGGAGCAUCUGGUUUCUUGCUCCCUCUUUCAGGUGGAGCAGACAGUUCUUCUGUUGCUGCAAUUGUUGGAUGUAUGUGCCAGCUGGUUGUAAAAGAAAUUGCAAAUGGGGAUGAACAAGUUAGAGCUGACGCUAUACGAAUCGGAAACUAUAAAGAUGGACAGUAUCCUACAGACAGCAGAGAGUUUGCCAAACGAAUAUUCUAUACGGUGUUUAUGGGAUCUGAAAACAGUUCGGACAUGACAAGAUCGCGAGCGAAGGUACUGGGUGAAGAAAUUGGUUCAUGGCACCUUGAUGUUAGCAUUGAUGGAGUUGUAUCUGCUCUUUUAUCAUUGUUCCAAACACUUACAGGAAAGCGGCCCCGCUACAAGGUAGAUGGUGGAUCUAAUGUUGAAAAUUUAAGCUUGCAAAACAUUCAAGCUCGAAUCAGGAUGGUGCUAGCUUACAUGUUAGCGUUACUCUUGCCUUGGGUUCACAACAAACCUGGGUUUUAUCUUGUCUUGGGGAGCUCCAAUGUGGAUGAAGGGUUACGUGGUUAUUUGACGAAGUAUGAUUGCAGCUCAGCAGAUAUAAAUCCUAUUGGUAGUAUAAGUAAGCAGGACCUUCGAGCAUUCCUGCGCUGGGCAGCCAUUCAUCUUGGUUACACAUCUUUGGCAGAUAUUGAAGCAGCUCCACCCACAGCUGAACUCGAGCCUAUACGUUCGAACUACAGUCAGCUUGAUGAAGUUGAUAUGGGAAUGACUUAUGAAGAACUAUCAGUUUAUGGAAGACUAAGGAAGAUUUUUCGCUGUGGUCCAGUUUCAAUGUUCCAGAAUCUAUGUUACAGGUGGGGUGCAAGAUUGACUCCAUCACAAGUGGCUGAAAAAGUAAAACACUUCUUCAAGUUCUAUUCUAUCAAUAGACACAAAAUGACCACCUUGACACCUUCCUAUCAUGCUGAGAGUUAUUCUCCAGAGGAUAAUAGGUUUGAUCUUCGCCAGUUUCUUUAUAAUGCAAGAUGGCCAUAUCAAUUUCAAAAAAUCGACGAACUCGUACGUGAGCUAGAUGUCAAAGAUGUUCAAGAAUCAGGAAACCACGAGACAGUGGCAGCUCUAUCAAAUGGUGUUGGUGGGAUGGGAGUUGCUGCAGCAGGUUCAGGCAACCCAAAUGUUGGAAUCUAA